UUUUAAUUUUAAUGGCCGACCAAGCGAAGAGGGUGUUCGACGCUUGUCGCGAAAAUUCUAUUUAAAUUUUGCGAUUUACUACCGUGAUUUUACAUUUGGUAUUUUUGAAGUAAUUCACUUUUAAGUUAUUUUCGAGAAGUGGUUGUGUUUAAUUCGCAGCGAUGUUGGGUUCUGGGGAUAGUAGUUACAUUAUAAAGUUGCGCGGACUGCCUUUCUCCACCACGGUGGAAGAUGUCCUCGAUUUCCUGAGCGGCGUCAACGUGUAUAACGGCAAAGAAGGAGUACAUUUAACUGAAGUGCGUCCAGGCCGACCUUCGGGUGAAUGUUUUGUAGAAGUGGAAAGCCAGCAGGAUGUGGAAGAAGCUCUCAAGAAGGACAAGGACAAUAUGGGGAAACGGUACAUUGAAGUUUUCUCCACUGACCGCCAAGACAUGGAAUGGGCAAUAAAUGCAAUGCACCAAACCGAUAACGGUGGCUUUGACGGCAUACCCAAUGUAUCUGAUGACAUGGGCAUUGUCAAGCUUCGUGGCCUGCCAUUCGGCUGCAACAAGGAAGAAGUCAUACAAUUCUUUGACGGCCUGACGGUCGCCACGGAUGGGGUCCACUUACUCUCCGACGUGACGGGGCGGGCCUCGGGCGAGGCCUUCGUUCACUUCGUAGACAAGGAGAGCGCACAAGAGGCGCUCAACAGGGACAGGGAGAAAAUAGGACACAGGUACAUAGAAGUGUUCCUGAGUUCGGCAGACGAAGUGAGAUCGUACACCGCUCGCAUUGAGAGCGGGUUCCGUUCGUCCCGAGGUUACAGGCCGACGCCCUAUGAUAGGAACGACCGGUUCUCUGGAAGGUUCGGCGGCAGGGGCCGAGGUUCAUUCGGUAGGGGCGGUGGAUACGGCGGCGGUCGCGGUGGAUUCCGUCGCGGCGGUGGGCACCAUUGCGUGCACAUGCGCGGGUUACCCUUCAAAGCUUCACCACAAGACAUUGCUUAUUUCUUCAAGCCGAUCCGUCCGAUGAACAUCAACAUUUUGUACGACAACAGCGGCAGGCCGUCUGGCGAGGCUGAUGUCGAGUUUGAAUGUCACGAGGAUGCUAUGAGGGCAAUGAGACGCGACAAGAACAACAUGGACCACCGUUACAUCGAGCUAUUCCUCAACUCUUCGCCCGGAGGCGGUGGCGGCGGUGGCUUCAAGCCCAACAGGAAUUUCAGGAAUAACUACUGAACCAAGUCACAGCGGUAAGCGGGUACCUGAUGAAACACUGAUACUGACUUGACAUCCUAGAAAUUUUGUAUCCUAGAAACUGUGUCAGAAAGAUAGUUCUGUUUUUAGCCAUAUACUCAUGAUAUGUGGCUAUGUGUAUUGGAACUGGGCUUAAAAUUGAAAAAAGUUCUUAGUCAAACUAAAAAAAAAUUACUAUGUUUUGAUGCUUUUGAAGCUUCAAAAGUAAUUUCCUCUAAUAGAUUUGGUCAACUUUCUUCUCGUUUUUCUUCCAAAAAAGAUCACUGAAUAUCUUUAGUAGAAAAGUCUGAAUAUCAAGAUUAUGACGAGCUUUAUUUGAUCAGUGUUUCGUAAAUAAGUCUCCCUUAUCGCUAGAAUUUUGACUCCAUUUAAACAUUGACUGUCAUUUCGCAAGUACAUUUUAUUAGAUUAUUAAAAACUAGUACACAAAAGUUAUCAUGGCAAAUGCAAUUUUUUGACCAGCGAAAAAAAAUCGUACUUUAUGUACGGAAGUCAAAAUAUAAGUAUGUUUUUACCAUCUUUUAGCUAGGUAAGUCAAAAUUUUGAUAAUAUCUCAUCACUUUCAUUCAAAAUAUUAAUAACUGAUAUGCCAACAUAACGAGAGAUUGUCUUACAAAAUAUAAUUAAAAUAACUUACUGGUCACAGUUUUAUUUAACAAGUUUGGAUAUACUUAAUUUUUCGACUAUACGCCAUAUUGGUGAAGUUUAUUACGAAAGACAUUUAUUAAAUUUAUGUCGCUUUUUCAGAGGAGAUAUUAGUAGAGUUAGUUUAUAUCAUUCUUUAGUGAGUUUUUCUAACAGGAACAACGCGCUUUUUAUUCACACUGCCAGUGAAAGUAUUUUACUAGUCAAAAUGGCAUCUAAUCUAUAUUAUAUCAACCCGUUAAAAUAAUUCAAGAGAUUAAAUAUAUUUAAUCUAGUAAAAUACUCUCUGAAAACCAAUUCUCAAACAUUAAACGUAUUAAAAUGUACUUAAUUAAAUAUAUAUUAUUGUAUAAAAUAUAGCAUCGACAACGAAAUAUGUAAAUAUAUGGAAUAACUCACUAAAGAUUUAAAAUUAAGGCUGUAAGUAAACGGGCGAUUAGUCGGACCAAAAAACUUUGUUUGAAUUGUCGCAAGUAUAAGAACUGGUUUAUUUGCCAAAACUGAUGGUUGAAAUAUAAUUAUAGCCGAUUAAUCGUCCUGGUUUUCGACUAAACCUUACAUUUAUGUAUUAAGUACAAAAUAUGUAUUUGGUACAUAAAUACUAUAUACAUAAUAAUAACAUUUUAAAACUGUUUAACUAUAGAACCUUAUAUAUAAAUGUGCGUUGGAGUGGAUCGGGUCCAAAGUUAUUUUUGUACCAUUACUACAAAAUUAGUUUGCCUAUAUUAUUGUACGGAGUUUUUUUUGUAUUAUUUUCCCGCACAAACUUUAUACGUGAUUAUAGACACUGCGCCAAUAAUUUUUUAAGAUUUUUUCUAAUUACAUAAAAAUAUUAGGCACAUAACAGACCAGCUUGUAGAUGGCAGUCUAUAGUUACUUUAAAUAUUUCUAUGAUUAUUAUGUGUAUGAUCAGUAAAGAUAAGUGUUCUGUAUUUUAUGAGUCGCCUUAAGUCUUUGAAAUUAGCUAUCUGUUAUGUGUCUAAUGUUAUCAAAAUAAUGUUACUGAAAUAAAUGGUUGUUAUUAUAUUCCUCAAUGCAGAGUAGAUUUUUUAAAAUUCUUGUACAGAGAUCUGAAUAUUCUGUAAGUGCAAUGUCUUUUAAAGUUAAUGCACGAUGCGCACUUGCGAUUAUUUUCCUAAAAAUCGUUAAUCGCAAGUGUGCAUCGAGCCUAAACGCUCGCAGGUCGCAGUGUCGGCAGGAAAUUGUUUGAUUUUGUGAAACAGACUGUAAAGGAGAAUGUUAAUAUUUGUUUCGUGGAAUACUAGAUAAGUAAUUUUUACUUUAAUAAAUUAAACAGAUGUA